AAGAGAAAAAAGCAACUUCUGCACUUGAUUUCUUUGGUUCUACUCCAGUUGAAAGGGAAUCCAGGGAAACAUUUGCUAAUAAAAGAAAACAGGUGAAUUACUAACCACACUUUUUCCACCCAGAAUUUUUUUGUUAAGAAAAAAUCAGGCAUCCUGUGUAUUUUAAACAGUUCUUCAUUCAUCAUGCAUUUAACAAGGAAAACUUUAAAACUCACCAUACCUUGCCUUUCUAUAAAAUUCAUGCAUCACAUAUUAAUUUUGGGCUUAAUCAUGCUUCCCUUGUAAACCCUCUACCAAUCUCUUAUACUAACAGUAGUUAUAUCAGGAUGUACUACAGUUAACACAUACCAUGCCACAAAAUUAAUGGGUAAUGACCAGUGUUUGAGUCAUGCAUUAUUUAAUCAUAUUCAAGAAACUUUGUGGAUGGGGAGAGGAGAUGUUGAAGAAUAGUUUUGGCAAAAACAAUACCAUGGGCCCCCUUAAAGGGAUAAGUCCUUUUGCUCCUAAGAUAUUUAAAUCAACUGUCUUUACUGUCUGUCACACAAGUGUUAUGAAAAUAUCGUUGAGAACAUGUUGUUCAAUCAAUAAAUAUCCUCUUGUGUGAGGACUUUCUUUCUUCUGAUAUUAUAUUGCUGCCUGACUGUGAAUUGGUAUUGUUAUGAGAAAUUAGAAAAUUGAUCACUCUUAAGAGUGCAAAUUUUAAGCUUGACCCAGAGCUUGACCCACUUACUGAUCAUCCCUUAGUUCCUUGUAGAACAAUCAAGAAUUUUUUAUCCUUUUUCAUUUCCCACAGAGAUCUGACAAGUCUGAAGAAAAUGAAGACUCCAAAGUGAAUAGAAAAGAAGAGUAUAAAAAUGGGAGAGAAAAAGAAGGAAGAGAAAAUGGGAAUGUCAACCAUCAAACAACAGAGCAACCAUCAAAGAAAAGAAAGGAAGACUUCUCAGAAUCAAAGUCUGAGGUUAAAAAGCCUUCCCCUGAGAAGACAAAGGUUUGUAAGCCUUUUGAUCACCAUGUAUACUUUAUUGUUACAAAAUUAAUGAUUACUAUUAAUCCUAAAUUGAACCUGCUACCCUGAUACUAGAAUGGAUUGGAUCUGAUAUGAUAGCAUGUGUAUGGUAUGUUGUUUAGGCAACUUGUCAUUAAGCACUUCAAUAAGGUACUUGUAGAUGAAACAGUAACAUUUUAUGACUAAAUUUGGCUUUGUAUAGGAUCCAAAAGCUCACUCAAAUUUGUUAACUGGUGGUACAUGUUGUAUAUGUAAACCUGUCCUACAUGUACUAUGACAGUUGAUGGUUUUUACUCAGAUGCACAUUACUAACAAUACUUGGAACAAAACAUUACUUACAAUUAUACUAACACUACACAAAAUACUACCAUUACUGUACCUAGAAUCUAUACAAAAACAGUAACAAUAGUGACAAAACUUUUAGGUACAUUCUUGGUGAUUUUAACUUUGACAAUCUGGGAAGAUAUUACCACUUUGUCUCCAUUUUUCAAAGCAGCAGUGUCUUUCACUACCAACAUUUCUUUUGGGACAACUCUUGCCUCAAUUGGACAACUAUUACCUGUUAGAAUGUUUGAUAUACAUAUAACAUUUGUUCACUUCAAAUUUUAUCCAUGGACUCUUUAGGAAGUACCAAAGACAACUCCUGCUAGCAAACUGGCUGUCAAAGCUGCCACAGUUCCAGAAACUCCAGUUAGAGACUCAAAACCAAGUGCAAAGAAAACUGUUACUCCGAAAAAGAAUAAAAAGAUGUUAGUAAGGAAACUCCCACCCAAGGAACACCAAAGGUGUCAAAAUCAGAGGAAGUGGUUGAAGUUCCACCCUCAUUGGAAAAGAAAAAAUCUGGCUUCCGUAGUUUUAUGGCGAGAGAUGGUCCUAGGGCACUUGGUUCAAAGGAAAUCCCUCGGGUAG